AUGUCGUGAGUAGCCGCACACUUUUCUUCAAGCACAUCCGUCGAGGCGCGCAUAGCUCAGUCCAUGCUCUCCUCUGGUCCGCGCCCUCCUGGCAGCCAAUCCGCAGUUCUCGGUUUCCCGCGCAUUGGCCCUCUGCGUGAGGUCAAGAAGGCCAAUGAGGCUUAUUGGUCCGGCAAGAUCUCUUCUGAGGAGCUCUUGAAGGUCGCCAAGGAGCAGCGUCUCUUGACUUACCAGACCAUCAAGGAGCAAGGUGUGGAUGUGAUCCCCACGUGAGUGCUCGUUGCGCUCGAGACUCAGUCUGCCACGAGCUAGAUCCUCACGCAAAUCGGUAUCGCGCUCCUCUCGACCCGCAGCGGCACCUUCUCCCUCUAUGACCACGUGCUUGACAUUUCCAACACCUUUGGCAUUGUGCCCGAGGCUUACGCAAAGUCUGGAUUGAGCGCUCUCGACCAGUCUUUUGCCAUGGCCCGCGGUCACCAAAAGGGCGGCGUCGACUUGCCUGCGCAGGAGAUGCAAAAGUGGUUCGACUCCAACUACCACUACAUCGUUCCCGAAUUCACAGAGUCAUCUGCCUUUGCCAUCAAGGACACCAAGCCCAUCGACGACUUCCUGGAGGCCAAGCAAGCUGGCUACAACGCUCGUCCCGUGCUCGUUGGCCCCCUCACCAUCCUCGCGAUCGGCAAGGUCGGCGCUGAUGCCAAGUCCGAAACCUUUGACCGUUGGACCCUGCUCCCCAAGCUCGCCGCUGUCUACGGCGAGCUCCUUGCCAAGCUCUCCGAGGCUGGCGCCGAGUGGGUGCAGAUCGACGAGCCCAUUCUCGCUCUCGACGCCGGUGCAGACUUGGCGUCUGAAUUCAAGCAGACCUACGAGACUCUCGCAAAGGCUGCUCCCAGCAUCAAGGUCCUCCUCGCGACCUACUUUGGACGUGUCGGCAACACUGUCAACUUCCUGAAGGAUCUGCCCAUCGCUGGUCUCCACGUCGACCUGGACCGCGCUCCCGAGCAGCUCGAUGAGGUCCUCUCCGCGUUUGCAAGCACCAAUGUCGUCAUCUCUCUUGGUCUCGUCUCUGGACGCAACAUUUGGAAGACUGACCUCAGCGCUGCUCUUCAAACCGCGCAAAAGGCUGUUUCUGCUCUCGGAGGGGAUGCCAAGCGAGUCAUCAUUUCGUCCAGCUCUUCGCUCCUGCACACCCCCAUCACGCUCAAGAACGAGAAGAAGCUGGCCCCAGAGAUUCUCGACUGGUUCUCUUUUGCGACUGAGAAGGCCGCCGAGGUCGCCACUUUGAAUGCUGCCCUCAAAGACCCUAACAGCGCCACCGCUAUCCUCGAGGUCAACCAGCGCUCCAUCAAGGCUCGUCGUGAUUUCGAGAAGAACUCCAACCCUGCUGUUCGUGAGAGGCUUGCAGCUGUGAAGGAAUCCGACUACAAGCGCAGCGAGCCCUUCUCCGUUCGCAGCGAGACCCAGCGCAAGCACCUCAACCUGCCCACCUUCCCUACCACCACCAUCGGAUCUUUCCCUCAGACCAAGGAGAUUCGUCAAUACCGUGCUCGCUUCACCAAGGGCGAGAUCACGCAAGCCGAGUACGAGAAGUUCCUCGAGGCUGAGAUUCAAGAUGUUGUCAAGCGUCAGGAGGAGAUUGGCAUCGACGUGCUCGUCCACGGAGAGCCGGAACGUAACGACAUGGUGCAAUACUUUGGAGAGCUCCUCGACGGCUUCGUCUUUACUCAGAACGCUUGGGUGCAAUCAUUCGGAUCUCGAUACGUCAGACCUCCCAUCAUUGUCUCCGACGUUUCUCGCCCUGCGCCCAUGACUGUGCGAUGGAGCAAGUACGCGCAGAGCCUCACGAAGCGACCCAUGAAGGGUAUGCUUACUGGACCCGUCACCAUCCUCAACUGGUCCUUCCCUCGUGCAGAUGUUACUCGAGAGCUGCAGGCCAAGCAGAUUGGUUUGGCUCUGCGUGACGAAGUCUCUGACCUCGAGAAGGCUGGCAUUUUUGCCAUCCAGGUCGACGAGCCUGCCAUUCGUGAAGGUCUGCCUCUGCGAAGCCAAGACCACACUGCCUACCUCAAGUGGGCUGUUGACAGCUUCAAGCUGGCCACCUCGUCCAUCAGCCCUUCCGUGCACAUCGCAAGCCACUUCUGCUACUCUGACUUUGCCAACAAGCAGAUCAUGCAAUCCAUUCUCGACCUCGACGCUGACAUGGUCUCGAUCGAGAACAGCAAAGCAGGCGCCAAGAUCCUCAAGACCUUUAGGGACUUCAAGUACACCCAAGACAUUGGCCCUGGUCUUUUCGACAUCCACAGUCCCCGCGUGCCCAGCGAGGAGGAGAUGUUCGCUCGUCUGAAGGACUUUACCGCUCACAUUGAGAAGGAGCGCAUCUGGGCAAACCCAGACUGUGGCCUCAAGACCCGUACUUGGGAGGAGUGCACUGCUCAGCUCAAGAACAUGGUCGCAGCUGCUGCCCGCGGUCGCAAGGAGCUUGCCUGA